AUGGAAAACCAUCGACUGACUUGGCGAUGUUUAAUUUGUCAUAUUUUCAUUGCUUUGACACUGAAAGUGCUAUUGGGUCAUAUAAAUAAUAUACACUCAAAUGAACCAAAUUUUCAUAUUACCUGUAAUAUAAACCAAUGCCCCAAAACGUACGAUAAGUAUGACAGCUUUUACAGGCAUGUAACUAAAUGUCAUGCCCAGUUGUACCGAACAGGGGGACCACCACCGACUACUGAUUGCCAAGGCACAAGUACAGAGGGAGAUAGGGAAAUUACGACCACGGCCGAUGAGUACGUUAAUAUCAAUGCUACUAUUAGUGGUCCAGUCGUAGUCGAUGAUCCCACGACAAGAAAUGGACGAAGAAAGGAGUCUGCAGCUUUGUAUGUGCUCUCGUUAAAGGAACAGAAUUUACUAACACAGAAAACUGUGGAUUCCGUUGUCCAUGCAACAGAAGGGCUGAUGGAAAACUACCGUAGAAGAAUUUUAGAAGGUGUACGCAAUCAACUUCAGGAGCAGGACAUAGAUCCCAGUUUCAUUGGUGACGAUCUAAUGAAGGAAGACGUUUUUGAUGGCAUUAAUACACGAUUUAAGCUUGACAGAUAUGCUAGAAACCACUUCAGUUAUGUUGAACCCAAAGAAGUAGUUCUAGGGCACAGAAUUGGACAUAAGAAGAAAAACCACAAAAGGCAGAUGACCAUGGUGGAUGACACAUUCAUUUACAUUUCACUGUUGGACAGUUUAAAACAACUUUUAUCUAGUAAGCCAAUCUGCGACAUGAUUUUGUCCCCUCCACUAUAUGCUGAUCCGUCUGUGCUUAGUAAUAUGUGUGAUGGGCAUAUAUUCAGAUCUCAUCCCCUUUUUGUGGAACAUCAAACAGGUUUACAAAUAUUGCUAUAUUAUGAUGAAGCUGAAGUUGACAAUCCAAUUGGAAAUAAAGCUGGUAAGCACAAGCUCGGAAUGUUUUAUUACACUCUAGGAAACAUUAAUGUAAGAUACAGAUCUAAAUUGGAGGCAAUACGAUUAUUGGCUAUUAUAAAAUCACAAGAUAAAAAGAAAUAUGGCAUUGACAGAGUUUUAAAAGAAAUCCAAGCAAAUCUGACAGAACUUUCAAAUGGAGUUGAAAUGCAUGGUAGAGUUGUCCAUGGUGCAGCUAUUUCCUUUAGUGGAGAUACGUUGGCUGCUCAUGAAGUGGGUGGAUUUAAGGAAGGAGUUGGCUUUGCAUUUCAGAAAUGCAGGCACUGUGAAUGUACUUUUGAUAGGAUGCAAAACCACUUUAUAGAUUCUGAUUUUGUUACAUAUUGCCGUGAAAUGCAUGAAGUUAGAAUAGCUGAGAUAGAACGUGCAGCAACAGAUGAUCUGAGAAAUGUUUUGCGUACAGUAUAUGGCAUCAAUCGAAGAAGUGAAUUAACAAAUUUCCCUUAUUUUAAUGUUACAUCAAUGCUUCCUGAAGAUAUCAUGCAUGUUAUUCUUGAGGGUGUUGCACAAUAUGAAGUAAAAGAAUGUUUAAAGUUUUGGAUACAUAAUGCUGCAAAAUUUAGGUUAGAUGAGUUUAAUUUAAAAGUUAAACAUUUUGAUUAUGGUUACGCAUGCAUGAAAAGCAAACCACAAAUGCUUCAAUCAAAUUGCUUAGACAGUGAGGAUAACAAGCUUAAACAAAAUGCAGAUGAAAUGUGGACUUUACUGAAACAUUUAUUACUUAUAUUAAACGAGCUUUGUAUUUCUGAUGAUCCACACUAUACAUUCAUAAAGGAACUUGUGGAAAUAACCCAUAUUGCUUUCAGUCCAUGUGUGUGUGUCACAACAUUAGCAUGUCUUCGUGUGUUAAUUAAAGAGCAUCUUAAACAUUUUAAACAGCUGUUCCCUCAUCUAAGUAUUAUACCAAAACAACAUUAUCUUCUUCAUAUUCCAAAGCUGAUAUCUGAAUUUGGUCCUCUAGUUCAUGUUUGGUGUAUGCGAUUUGAAGGCAAACAUUCUUACUUUAAACGUCUUGCAAAACAACAAAAUCAUAUUAAUAUAUGUAAAUCUUUGGCAGAACGUAACCAGAAGAAAGAGCUGCGUGAAAGUCUUUCAAAACAGCACCCCUUAUUUUCAAAUGAAAGAGAAGUUGGUAGUUGCAAAGUGGUAAAUGGCGAAGAAAGAAAUUUGGCAGAAGAAAGAAUGACAGCAUUUAACAUUGAAAACAGUGACACAAUUUAUACUGCUAAUUGGGUUAAAAUUAAUGGGGUUAAGUAUUGUUGUGAAAAGGCUAUUGUAACUAGUGGCACGUCACCAGAAUGUAAUUUUCUACCUUUGUUUGGAAAGAUAAGGUAUAUUUGGAUUACAAAUUCACAUAUAUAUUUUGCAUUACAGUUGUAUGACACAGUUUCAUUUGAUGAAGAAAGGCAAUGCUAUGUUGUAGAGAAUCCUGACCUUCCAAGUGCGUUUGAGGUUGUUUCUGCAAAUCAGUUAUUGGACCACAGUGUGUACAACAUAUGCUGUGUUAAAAAUGAAAUGCUAAUUCCCAUACAUUACGAUUUGAUAGGCAAAAUAACUGAAUGGGCGUUAAAGUAA